UAAGGUCUGCAAGAUUGCAAUAAAGAUGAAUUAUAUUGCAGAACUGCUUUCAGUCGUUGAAAAUCCCCCGAAAUGUAUAAAUUUUUAUUUCUGUUAGCUCUAAUACCGGGGGUGGCAUUUGCUUUGAAUCCCGCUCCAUGCACCUUCCAUACCGGUCCGCUACCGGUGGAAGUUCGCGUCGUCGGUUGUCCACCAACGGUACCACAACAACCCUGUAUUGUCCCGAUCGGGUCCAUGGUCGAUAGUGAGAUCGACUUUAUCCUCGAACGGCCAACGACUACACUGAAGGCUUCACUGGAUAUGUUUCUCGGCAAUUUUCGCAUACCUUGGAAUCUACCGGCGGAACAGGAAGACGCCUGCCAGGAUCUGAUGAACGGAGUGUCCUGUCCACUGGUAGGCGUGGGCGAACGGAUUAUCUACAAUCUGGUGACGGAAGUUUCGGCCCCCUUUGCCGGUGUUACCGUCGAUAUGGAGCUUAUGCUAACCGACGACCAAGGUCAGGCGGUAUUUUGCUAUCGCUCGCAGGCUACCGUUGUGUGAGUUUGAUAGUUUUUAAUGGGAUAACUCUUAAUUCGCCUUAGUGAACAGGACCAACUGAGCUCGGUUGGGUUUAAUAAAGCACAAAUUGAGCAGACAGAAAGAACAAGUGUUGA